AUGCGGCAGCAACAGGCGGUCGAGGAGGCGGAGCCUAGCUGGUGGGUACUGCGCAGAAGCAACCCGUCACCAUGGCAACGCCUCCUCAAAAUGUUUGUGAUCACACCGAACACCUAUAGAAAGCCCAUGGAAAUUUGUAUCGGACGGCUCAACUGGCUGGAGUGGAUAAGUCCGAGCCCGCUCCCCCCUGCUCUAACGCAACGUUCAGCGCAAUCCAUCUUGCCGGAUAUUCUCAGGAUCUGCGUGUCACAACUAACAUUAAGGCGAGUGUACACCGGGCCU